AAAACUUUCCGCGCCGAUUAGUUUCUUCCCUGUUAGAAAUACAAAUUACAAAACCCCUCUGCUUCACAGUGUCACAGUCCCCAAGUAGCCAUGGAAUCCGAGUCCGACCCGCCAAAGAGAAACAAAAUCAAUGAGGGAUUACCCUCUUCCUCAUCUCCUCCUCCUACCCACGAACCAGAUCUUUCGUUGAUGCCCGAUUUCCCAGACGAAAUCGCCACUGAAAUCCUUUCAAGGCUGCCGGCCAAACCCUUGGGGAAAUUCAAGUGCGUCGCAAGACCAUGGCUUUCUUUGAUCUCCAGCCCAGAAUUCAUCAAAACCCAUCUCGCGGUUGCUUCUAGAAGGGAUAAUUAUGCGCACCAUCGUCUCAUGCUCUCAAUAGCAACCCCCUCAGAUGAUGAUGAUAAUGGCUCUGAAGAUUCCGAUGACGAUGCCGGUGCCGGUGUCGGUGACCGUGACCCGGAGCAUUUGCUGUACGCUCUUGAUUCUAUACUAAACCCGGCGUCGGAUGAAACUGAAGCCACCCCUGCAGAGGUAUUUGGCAUCGAUUAUCUAAUCCAGUCUAAUAAGUCAUAUUAUCCUUUAGGAUCUUGCAAUGGGUUGGUCUGCGUUCGUACUUUGAUUGAUGAGUUGUUUCUGUGUAACCCUUGUACUAAAAAGCUUAAGAAACUGCCUCACUUGGGUACAAAAUGGGGAUACAUGGGAGCUGAAUUUGGAUUUGGUUAUGAUGCUCUGAAUGAUGAUUAUAAAGUAAUUGGUGUAUCUCAGUAUGUGAAUGAGAUCAUUGUGUACAGUCUCAAGACUGAUUCUUGGCGCAGGAUAGAGGACUUUAAGUCCGUUCUUGAUGGGGAAUUCAGCCGUUUGCAUUAUGUGAACGGAAAGUUUUAUUGGCCUACCCUUGAUGUUAAUGAUGAUUGGAAAAUUGCUAGCUUCGAUUUGGGGAAUGAAACUUAUGGAAUCAUGGACUUCCCCCCAGAGGAGAAAGAAGUCCGAUAUAGUUUUGGACUUGGAGAGAUGGGAGGUUGCCUUUCUGUGAUUUAUGAUUGUCGAAAUAUUUACGCUGAUGUUUGGAUUUGGAAGGAAUCCUGGAUCAAAGUUGUUUCUAUUCCUUAUAUUGAUGCGCUUCCUGCAUCUUAUUACAUUACUCAAUCAGUUUGGGAAUCGCGGGAUGGUGAAAUAUUGUGCAUCUUGCGCUCGGCCUUGUUUCUUAUCGACCCAAAGGCCAAAACAUCCUGCAGGUAUAUGCAGAUAGGGCUUAUUGAAACUGCCUUUACGCAUGUUGAGAGUUUAGUUUCGCCCUAAUUAAUGUCCAGCGACUAGAAAUAGUGUUUAAAUGGUAGAAAGGUAAAGGGAUAGAGCAGCGAUUGUCCCUUCCUACUGUAUUCCCCUCGGGAAAAUUUUGUUUGAAACAUUGUUUCUUUACUGUUAUCAGUCUGAUAACACAGCUCUAAUGCUAUAGGAAUGUUGCUGCUUCUUUAGCUCGUUAAAAUAUAUAGUCUAUUUCUGUUAUUCUUGUCACUGGGAAUCGAGAGGAAGGCAAAGGUGUUGGGGAAAUUCGUUUGCCUGUCAUUUCAUUCAAAUUAGAGAUAACCUGCAACAAGUGUAUGGAAGUGUCCUGUACUCAGUGUUCCCAAACUCAUGUAUACAAAUGUAUGUUGUAGCAAAUGCAUUCAAAAUCCAGCCCCUGCAUUGCAUCAGUGGACCAUUCUAAAUGUUCAAAUGCGCAGAAUACCGCAUAACUUCUCGAAGUUACUUUUCCUCAUAAUGUGGUUCGGAUGACUCAAGGCGUAGACAAUUCACUGGAAGCCUUGUAUUCUGGUAUAGAUCGCACUCCUUAUGAACAGCAUCCUCCCAAUAUAUCCAUCUCAUGCUCAGCCAGUGGCUAACUGGCUACCAGCAGAGGUUUAAACUGACUGUCAGGGCUGAUAUGACUAUGUUGGGCAUCCUCGAAGUCUUAGAGAAACAAGCAACCGGAAUCAGUUCUGCAGAACAGUUUAGGUGUAUUUGUUAAGUUGAAACUUGUACUAGGCCAACAUGAACGAGUUUCGUGGUGCUACUCUGUAAAUUUAUGACCCCAACUAGGUCCUCCAUGAAGCAAUUCAGUAAGUCAUCUGUAAUUUUCCUUUGAAACGAUGACCAUUAUCAGUUAAUUUCGAAGUUCUGAAUCAUUUUGUUGCAGUAUACUGGAUUCUGAAAUUUGUCACCGACAUUAUUUGUUUGUCAUGAAAUUACAAGACCUAUUUUCAGG